GAGAAAAGAGGGAGGAGGCGAUUCGAUACGGAGCACCACACACACACACCAGACGCUGAAAUUCAAAGCAGUCAGGACCACAGAGCUGCCACCUCGCUCUAUCUCUCUCUCACACACACACAUCGUGGAGGUGUGAAAGAUACAUCAGGACACACAAGAUACACACACUGCGGUGGACCAACAUAAUCAAGAUCACAACUAGACUAAAUGCAACAUUCUCUUAAGCUUCAAGAGGAACAGAUAUCUGAGUGAAUCAUGGAUUUUGUAAUGAAGCAAGCAUUUGGCGGAGCCACCAAAGACAUGGGGAAGAUGUUAGGUGGAGAAGAGGAGAAGGACCCAGAUGCCCAAAAGAAGGAGGAAGAGAGGCAGGAGGCGCUGAGACAACAAGAGGAGGAGCGGAAGGCCAAACAUGCCCGCAUGGAGGCGGAGAGGGAAAAGGUUAGACAGGCAAUUCGAGAUAAGUAUGGACUAAAGAAGAAAGAAGAGAAAGAAGCAGAGGAGAAAGCGGCUAUGGAGCAAGCGUGUGAGGGCUCUCUUACCCGCCCCAAAAAGGCCAUUCCAGCCGGCUGCGGUGCGGACGAUGACGAGGACGAGGAAAGCAUUCUAGACACCGUUCUCAAAUUCCUACCUGGACCUCUGCAGGACAUGUUUAAAAAGUAACAGACACAAAGUUGUUUCUGAAGGAAGAUGGGUGAGGGGGGGAUUUCUGCCAAACAGGUGAAAGGCUUUUCACUGCCUUGACGCAAGUUGACGGAAUUUUAUUUUUACCUUUCUACGGAUAGAAACACAAAUCAUAACCCCAAAAAACGUUUGGUCUUUUCACUGCCAUUCAGGUUCAAAUUGUUUACACUUUCUAUAGAUCUUUCUAUUUGUUUACUAAAGCAUCACCAGGGUCUCUGAUACUUUGUAAGUUAUUUGCCUUAGGUACAGAACGAUCAGCCCCACACAUUCCAAGAUGUUUAUACUGAGCUUUGGCACUGGGAAUAUGAUGGUUCUCUUGAUUAAGUAAAAUAUUUCUUAAUUUAUUUAUCUAUCUAUUUUUUUCUGUCUGUUUACUCUCUGAUGAGAGAUCUGAUGAUUAGGGGCAUUUAAUAAAAAAACAGCUUGGCAAAAGUUUUUGAAGUUAUCAGUGAAAUGCAGAAUGCAUCCGUAAUGCUUUUUAAUGUGUGCAUCAGGUCGAGAUCCUACUACAUGAGAAAAUAAGUGCUGAGAGCAAUGAGAUGAGAGAUGCUGAUAUACUGUCGUAUAGUUGUGCCAUUUUAGACCACUUGAAUGCUCAAAUGGUUUGCAGCCUAGCAGUCCUCAUUUAUCUGUUGAUGUAAUGUUGUUUAGCUUUAUCUUUUUACAAACUGGACCAAAUCACUUUUACAUGUAAAAGUCAUUCAGGAUGAUUCAGGGUCACAAAGACAAGAAAUGACAAGAAUCUAGAGAAAUUACAAGAAUCUAGAGAAAUUACAAGAAUCAAGAGAAAUGACAAGAAUCAGAAGUCAAUCACUGAUUCACAGAUGAUCUGAUGUUUGAUUAAUCACAAAUGACAUUCAGAAUCAAGCAUUGUAAAUCUUGGAUAUAAUAAAUAAUAAUUUAUAUAUAUUUGUUGUUUGAUUUUGGUGCUGAUAAUUGAUCAAUCUGAAAUGCUAUUUCAUGCAUAUGGACUUAAAACCUUGGAUAUUGUUAAAUGUUUCACAAUAUGAGAAGUCCUACCUUAACAAACCUGACCUUUAAUGUGCUUUUAGUAAAAAGUAGGUAACUUUAAAUGUAAAAAUUUAUGUAAAAAACAAGCCCCCAAAAAACUAGCCUAAAUGUAAAAUAAUGAAUUUGGUUUAUUGCAAAAGUUUAGUCAUUGUUUAGCACAUUUUAUGUCACAAAGAAUAAUUAAGAAAAGAAAGAUGCAUGAGCUUCAAUUACAAUAGUAAAAACAUCCCAAAGAGAGAGAACAUUUCUGAUGAGACAUCUAGUAAAAGUUAGAGAUAUAUUUACAAUGUCCGAUGUGGGGUUGCAAAUAUGAUCACUUAAGGAUUUUUUUAUGAAUUAUUAUUAUUUUAUGAAUUAUUAAUGUUUUCAUGUUUUUCAGCAUUGAGUAAACACUGCCAUUUG